GUGAAGCUCUGGUCACACUACUCAUUCAAGAGGGAGAUCAUGAGCCAGAGCCGCCACCAUCUCUUCCUCGCCUUGCCAUCCGUGGCCAUGCUGCUUCUCACAGCCUCGGCCGUCGCCGCAAACAACACGUUGAAGCGGCGGAGUGCAAUCGGCGGCGACCAGACGCUGGUCUCGCCGGGGAACAUCUUUCAGCUCGGUCUCUUCUCCGUCGCCAACAACACCAAGUGGUUCCUCGGCAUAUGGUUCACCGUCUCCACGGAAGCCGUCAUCUGGGUCGCCAACCGCGACCGCCCGCUGAACGCCUCGUCCUCCGGCUUUCUCUCGCUCAGCGGCCAAGGAGACCUCGUCCUCCUCGACGCGGCCAGCAACAACGAAACAGUCUGGUCAUCCAACUCCUCUUCCUCGGCCACGGCGGUCGCGCAGCUCGACGACACCGGUAACCUCGUCCUCGCGGAUGAUGCCGGCUCCGUGCUGUGGCAAAGCUUCGAGCAUCCGACCAACACGUUCGUCCCCGAUAUGCGGAUCGGCAAGAGCAUCAAGACCGGGGACGAGUGGUCCCUCUCCUCGUGGCGCGACGGCGACGAUCCGUCAGCUGGCGACUUCCGCUUCGUAAUGGACACGCAGGGCUCGCCGGAGUUCCACGCCUGGAGUAGGAAGCAGGGACGCAAGACGUACCGAACGGGGCCGUGGAACGGGGUGCGGUUCAGCGGCAUACCGGAGAUGGGAACCUACAAGGGCAUGUUCGAGUUCCAGUUCACCGACACCGCCCACGAGGUCUCCUACAUGUACCACGCCUACCCCGGCUCGCCGCCAUCCCGCGUGGUCCUGGACGAGUCCGGCGUGGUACAUCGCAUGGUCUGGGACCGCACGCUGGGCAAGUGGAGCGUCUUCUGGUCGGGGCCUAGGGACCAGUGCGACACCUACGGCAUGUGCGGCGCGUUCGGCGUCUGCAACGUGGUGGACGCCGUGGUGUGCGACUGCAUCAGGGGGUUCCGGCAGAGGUCGCCGGCGGAGUGGCGCAUGCGGAACCCCUCCGGCGGGUGCGUCCGCAGCACGCCGCUGCAGUGCGAGCGCGGCGGCGAGGACGGUUUCUACGCCCUGCGCGGCGUGAAGCUGCCAGAGACGCACGGGAGCAGCGUGGACAACGGCACCUCGCUCGAGGAGUGCCGCCGGCGGUGCCUGGCCAACUGCUCCUGCACGGCGUACGCCGCGUCGGACAUCCGUGGUGGAGGGAGCGGGUGCAUUCAGUGGUUCGGCGAGCUGAUGGACACGCGGUUCCUCAACGGCGGGCAGGAUCUCUUCGUCCGGCUGGCAAUGUCCGACCUAGACACUGCAUCAAAGCCAGCCAAGACUAUGAAGUUUGCCGUGAUUAUCACAAUAGUGAUAAUAGGAUUUGUGUUGCUUCUGCUAUUGCCUGGUUUCCUGAUUUGGAGAAAGGUCCAGCGCAACAAGGAAGCUACCAUGUUUGAUGACAUCAUGAGAGGCGAAUGUCCGAUGUAUGAUUUCGAAAUGAUCAGAGGCGCCACAGGUGGAUUCUGUCCCGAGAACGAAAUUGGGCGUGGUGGCUUCGGCAUUGUUUACAAGGGUCAAAUGCAAGAUGGCCAGGAAAUAGCAGUGAAGAAGUUGUCAACUAACAACAGAGUGCAAGGCAUGAAAGAGUUCAAGAACGAGGUGGACCUCAUUGCCAGGCUGCAGCAUCGCAACCUUGUACGCCUGCUUGGCUGUUGCAUCCACUACUCUGAUAGGAUACUCGUCUACGAGUACAUGAGUAACAAGAGCUUGGACAACUUCAUCUUUGAUCUGAGGAGGCGUGCCACUUUGAGUUGGAAGACUAGGAUGGACAUCAUCCUUGGCGUUGCUAGAGGGCUUCUCUACCUUCAUCAGGAUUCGAGGCACACUAUGAUCCACCGAGAUCUCAAGGCAGCCAACGUUCUCCUUAAUGGGGAGAUGGUCGCCAAGAUAUCGGAUUUCGGAAUCGCGAAGUUGUUCAGCAACAUCGACGACAACCAGGAUUCCACCGUCACGGAAAGGAUUGUUGGGACAUUUGGUUACAUGGCACCGGAGUACGCCAUGGACGGCAUGGUAUCAUUCAUGCAGGAUGUGUACAGUUUUGGUGUGUUGUUGCUCGAGAUCGUCAGUGGGAGGAGGAACCAACGAAAUUUCAACCUCAUAGCUCAUGCGUGGAAGCUAUUUGAAGAAAACAAAAGCCUCAAGCUCCUUGACCCAACUGUGCGCGAUGACUGCUCCCAUGAGGAGCUAGAGCAGGCGGCGACGUGCAUCCAGGUAGGGUUAUUGUGCGUUCAAGAGAGCCCGAGCCAACGGCCGCAAAUGGCUGUUGUGAUCCCCAUGUUGUCGCAGCAACAGGUGCCAAGGCGGCCACUUCGACCGGUGGUCUGCAUGCCAGUGAGCACUCGGGACGAUCAUCUCAAUAGGCAGGAGGACACGUCUGGCAACUUCCAGAUGAUCAUUACGGACCUUGAAGGCCGGUAGGUAGAAGGCAUGGAUGGACGAAUGGAAGACAUAUUACUGAGGCCGCCUUGUUCGGUUAAGCCACUCCCCACGUGGAUUAGAGUGGUUUGGAGGGGAUUUCGAAAGAAUUUGACGUAGAUGGGAUUCAAUCCCUGCCAAUACCUAUCAAUCCCUCCCAUUUGUCAUGUAACCGAAGGAGGCCUCAUGACUUCCUAAAUGUAAUCGGGUAGAACAGGUGCAUGCACUCGGUGGAAUGGAAUGGAUCUGCACAAGAAGUGACCUCUUAAUCUGUAAAAUAAUACCUAUGUUAUUCACGGAGACUGAUAACAUAUUAAAAUUUUGAUAAAUUUUAAAUGAA